AUGUUCGAGGUUCAAUGGAAGGCGGGAGACGUCACGUGGUUACCCUUCGAUCAGGUUCUGUCACAGUCGGUCAUCGCGUAUGAGACUCGGGAAAAGGUUGGGGGAAUAUGGCUGCCUUCACCGCCGGUUGUUGACGACUACAAUGCUCCUGUGACGGCUCUUUAUGAUUCAUUAACCACGAAUGUGCCUCAUCCUAUCAUGGCAUAUACCAGCUACUCCUUUCCGCCAGAGACUCCUUUGUUUCCGUCAGCACAUGUAGUGCAAACGUAUCUCGAAUCGUAUGCUGCAUACUUCAAUCUUAUGCCCCUCAUCAAGUUCGAUACCGCAGUAUUAGAUGCACGGUGGGAAUCAACUCAGUGGAUAGUAACCCUUUCGGAUGGAGGACACUUUGCAUAUGAUCACUUGAUCGUCACAAAUGGACAUUAUCAUUUACCCCGCAUACCAGAACUGCCAGGGUUGGCAGAUUGGAUGAAACGUGGUAGAGCCUCUCACUCUGCAUGGUAUAGAAAACCUGAUUUUCUUGGGGACAAAAUACUUGUUGUUGGAGGCGGACCCAGCGGUGAGCACAUCGCUACUGAGAUAGACCCUGAAAAUCUCAUCCGGAGAGGUCGGCUUAUCGAACUCAAAGCUAACGGACAAGCACUUUUUGACGACGGCACGACGGAAGAUAAUAUCGACUACUGUAUUCUGGCAACCGGAUUCUGUAUGCAUUUCCCCUUCUUGGAGGAAGCGUCCAUGAUCAUCAACAAUAUACCACCGGACUUCCCUCCAUUACUUCCCGGCAAGCUUUUCAACUCAACCUACCACGUGUUUCCCCUUGCAAAGCGUUUAUUUCCGCUUCAAUCUCCAUAUCCUAUCUCGUCAAUCGCCUUCAUGGGCCUCCUCAUAAAGGUCGUGCCGUUUCCACUCAUGGAGGCUCAAGCAUAUGCGAUUGUGCGAACGUUUUCCGAUCCUUCAUCUCUAGAUCCUAUCGCAGAAACAGUUGAUAUCAUCACUCAUAGUGAUAAAAUUAAACGCGCUGGUGCUUCAACACCUCUAGCCGUCGCCAAGGCCUGGAUCCGAUUCGACGGGCAAGACCAGUGGGAUUAUCGAAACGCUAUGUAUCAAUUUGCGCAGGGCAUGGGGUCGGGGACUCCGCUCAUCAAAGUCACAGAGUGGGAGAAAGAAUUAUACGGUCUAAAAGUGGAUUUGAGGUCGGGAUGGGAAGAUUUGGAGAAGUCGGGAGAUUCAAUUGCGUGGUUGAGAGACGUCGGGAAGAAUGGGGUGCAGGAUUGGGUAGAGUUAAUGUAUCGUGUAUUGGAUUAUGCCAGGACUCCAAAGGACUCGUUGGGAAAAUUGUGA